AUGCCGGCCAUACAUUCCCGUCCGGCAAGUAGUAUGCCACCAUUGGUUGAAAACGAUGGAACUAAUACUGGGGUUCCGCUCGAUCAGCCAAGUAACAUGAUGGAUAGUCAACCUAAUUCAAUGGACAAUGGAUCAAACACCUCUGACACUGCAAUGGCUCAAGAACUUGGUGGUGAUGAUCAUCAUGAUGAUCAAGAAGAAGGUGUGACUACUACUAGGAAGCGAAAGCGCUAUCAUCGCCACACUCAGCAUCAGAUCCAGGAACUGGAAGCAUACUUUAAGGAGUGCCCUCACCCAGAUGACAAGCAAAGGAAGGAGCUGAGCCGUGAGUUAGGGUUGGAGCAUUUGCAGGUCAAGUUUUGGUUUCAGAACAAAAGAACUCAAAUGAAGAAUCAACUUGAGAGGCAUGAGAACUCACACCUUCGUGUGGAAAAUGAGAAAAUGAAGUCAGAAUUGUUGAGGUACAAAGAAGCUUUGGGAAAUAUAGGCAAUAUAUCUUGCCCUACUUGUGGUGGUCAUCGUAUCAACAUUGGUGAUUUGUCUUUUGAUGAACGCCAAUUAAGGAAUGAAAAUGCAAGACUCAAAGAAGAGAUCGAACGUAUCUCAUCUAUGGCUGGAAGAAUUGUUGGAAAAAAUGUAUUUCCAAACAACGACAAUGGUUACAACUCUCCCAAUCCUGUUGAUUUUGGAGUUCUUCCUGCUUACUCGACGCCACAAAGUGUCGAUGGAGAGGGAUAUAACAAUGGAGGUGGUGAAUUUGAGGAUGUUCCAAUUCUAAGUUCAAUGAUUAAUGGGCCAAUUAGUGAGAUUGAAAAACCCUUUAUCAUUGAACUUGUUAUGGCAGCUAUGGAUGAGUUUGUUCAAAUGGCACAUUUGCAAGAACCACUUUGGUUCCCUAGCAUUGAAAAUGGAACAUUUAUGCUGAAUCAAGAUGAGUAUUUUAGGGUUUUUCCAAGGGGAAUUGGACCUAGACCUAUUGGAUUUGUUACUGAGGCUACAAAGGAUAGUUCUAUUGUUAUAAUGAACAAUCUCAACCUAGUUGAAAUUCUCAUGAAUGUGAAUCACUGGUCCAGUAUGUUCUCUGGUAUUGUCUCAAGGGCUUCAAGUGUUGAUGUGAUAUCAACUGGAGGUGCAGGAAAUCCCAAUGGAGCAAUACAAGUGAUAUUAGCUGAAACUCAAAUUGCAUCUCCACAAGUUCCAACUAGGGAAUGCUACUUUGCUAGGUAUUGCAAGCUCAGAGUUGAUGGAACAUGGGCAGUUGUCGAUGUUUCAUUGGACCAGUUACGCGCUGGCCCAGCUGUUAGGUCUCGAAAAAGGCCAUCUGGAUGCCUUAUUGAAGCGGCACCAAAUGGAUGCUCUAAGGUUACUUGGAUUGAGCAUGUUGAAGUUGAUGAUUCAGCAGUGCACACUAUUUACAAGCCACUAGUGAGUUCUGGUCUUGCAUUUGGUGCAAAACGUUGGCUUGCUUCUCUUGAUAGACAAUGUGACCGUAUUGCAAGUGCUAUGGUCACACCUAUUCCAACCAAUGACAUGGUGUUAUCAACUCAAGAAAGUAGAAAGAGUAUGAUGAAAUUGGCUGAGAGGAUGGUUAAUAGUUUUAGCUCUGGAGUGAGUGCAACUGUUGGUAAUCACUGGACAACCUUGUCACAAGGAAAUGGAACAGAUGAAAAUGUUAGAGUUAUGACUAGGAAAAGUGUUGGUGAUCCUGGUAGACCACAUGGUGUUGUCAUAAGUGCUGCUACUUCAUUCUGGCUCCCUGUUUCUCCGAAAACCGUGUUCGAUUACCUCCGUGAUGAGAACACGCGUACCGAGUGGGACAUUCUGUCCAAUGGAGGUCUGCUGCAAGAAGUGGCUCAGAUUGCUAAUGGCACUGAGACAGGCAAUUGUGUCUCUUUACUGAGGGUUAACAGUGACAAUGUUAACCACAGUAACAUGAUAAUCCUCCAAGAGAGCAGCACAGAUCCAACAGGAUCCUAUGUGAUCUAUGCACCAGUUGAUAUCAGUGCAAUGAAUGGUGUGUUGAAUGGUGGAGAUCCAGAUUAUGUUGCUCUGCUGCCUUCUGGAUUCGCCAUUCUCCCCGAUGGUCCAUCAGGAGGCAGGGGAGCUUAUAAUCAUGGCUCUGGUGGAUCUCUGCUGACCGUCGCGUUUCAGAUUUUUGGUUGA